AUGUGCAACAUCAGGGGUACCCAUUAUCUUGGCUAUGCCGUAACUCUAACUGAAACAAACUACACGCAGACUGUAGUGAUUUUAACGCCAAUAAGAAAUGCUGAAAAGUCUUUGGAAACAUUUCAAACGCAGAUUAUGAAUUUAAGCUAUCCGCACAAUCUGAUAUCUGUGUUUUUCGGAGAAUAUGGCAGCACUGACAAAACAUUUGCAAAAGCACUAAAUAUCUCACAAGACCUGAAAAGGUUUGGUAGUUUUAGGGAUUCUAGAGUUAUAAAUUUACAGAUGUCGGGUGGAAUUUACGGGUCAGAUGACUUCAGGCAUAAGGUACUAGGCUAUCAAAAGUAUAGGCGCUCUCAUUUAGAAGCGGUCAGAAAUCGUCUUGUACGCUAUGCUCUUCAAAAUGGAGCUUUUGAUCAAGUUUUAUGGAUUGACAGUGACGUUGAGGAGUUUCCAACAGACUUGGUGCGGUAA